AUGGACGUGGAUCAAAUGGAGACCAGAUAUGGCGCGACGUACGUGGCACGGAUGGCUCGCCCCAACAAACAGAUCGUCCUGACCAACCUCCCUACAAAUGUGCUGCAGGACGUCGUCUGCCUCAUGAACGCACGUGACUUAACAUCACUUAGCGGCGUGUGCUCGUUGUUCCAACACAUGCCUAACGAAGUGGUGCCUGGGCUAAACCUCGUUCUUUACGAACACCAGCGGGGAGGACUUAAGUGGAUGCUGCGUCGUGAAACCCCGUCGUUGGCUUGCAUCCCUCAGCCUCAUCCCUUUAUUUUCUCUUCCGGGUCAGGUGAUCCAGUAGCAGUGGCAGUGGACUUGAUCGAGAACAGAGUCAUCACUAAUCCUAACGUUAUGGCGAGAGGUGCAUGUGGUAGCAUGUUCUGUGACGAGCCUGGACUGGGAGGAGAUACGAUUAGGUCAGGCGUACGGUACUCUAGGUCUCGAGGCCGUAAGGUCAACGCUGAAGACCUGGUGAGCUCUGGAGCUUCGCUGAUUGUGGUUCCCGACCCAUUGGUAGAGCACUGGACGUACCAAGUCGAAGCUCACGUUGUACCGGGAGCCCUUCGGGUGUUUGUCGAUCCUGGUGUCGAGUACAAGUUGCCAUUCAACAUAGACCUGGCUACUUAUGACGUUGUUAUCACGUCGUUUACAAGACUGGCACGAGAGUGGAGGCUUCAUAGACCAGUGUCAGCUCUGGAGGAGCGCAUGCCUGAACGUUAUGGCUUUGAAGGCCCGCAGAGAUACGUCGAUGGAAACGAGGAGAAGUGUCUUCUCUCCUCACAGUUCGCUGGGUGCGAGUGA